AUGUCCCUUGUUCGCAAAUUUGUUUUGCUAACUACUGAACAUUUUUUCAAUAUCUAUAAUUUGGAUUACAACGAAAGAGCUGAGGAAGCUCUGACUGAUUUUGUACAUCAUUCACAGACAUUAUUGCUACAGAGUUUCAUUAGCGAUAAUGCCUUGGUGCUUCAUACAAAGAUGCAGUUUGAUCAAAAGAAAUCUAUCAUAUUUUAUAAGUCUAAUGCUUUGGAGCUUAAUUCAGAAAAUUCAAUGGAAUAUAUCAACCUUAUUACUGUAACAAAUAAGGUUGCCGAGUCCCUGUAUCAAAUUGUAAAACAAAUUUAUUCACCUCUGCUAGCAAAUGACUAUGGUUUAGUUUCCCACAACAUACAAAAGAAUCUUUCAGAUUUGGAAACCAAUUUAAGGAUUAUAACACAUGGUAAAGCAAAUGAAAAUAUAAAUGUGAUACUGACAAUCGAGGAUGAAGUAGAAUAUUGGAAAGGCAUUUCAGAAAAAAAGAACACUAGUAAAAAAGAAAGAGAUAAUGCAUUAGCUUAUUAUGAAUUGUUUGAAGAUAUUUGUGAAGAGCUAAGGUCAAUGCAAGCAAAUAAUAUUUUUGAAAUAAGGGAGUCAACCGAAAACAUUGGUGGUAUUUUAGAUGAUAUUUGGAGAUUAACAGCUGUAGCAUAUUCUGAAGACAGAAUGAUGCAUAUUAUCAACAUCAUUGGUCAUUCAAUUUGUACAAUCAUUCAGAAAUCUAUCUCCUCUUCUGAUUUGUGGAACGUACAAGAUGAUUCUAAGGAAAACAUGGUGUUACUGCUGUUAGCAGAUAGUUUAGGCGUUAUAAAAACCUGGAUAAGUGCAAGUAAAUCUCUUACUGAAACCUACUGGCCAAAUUAUGCCCUUCACACCUGGAGUGGAAAACCUUACAUACCACUAUUUUGUUUAAAUUUUGAAAACAGAUUGAAAGAGGUGUAUGAAAUAAGAUCAACGUACAGUCAGUUAAAUAAAUUACUAACAAUUAAUGAAAGGGAAGAAUUAAAAAUUAGGGACUUAUUUGAACCUUUCAAAAAUAUUAAUAUUUGGAUAUAUAAUGGGCCAAAUCAGGUAUGGAAAGCUGCUGUGUCAUGCUUUUCAACAAAUUUACGACCUGCUGAAACAAAAAUUGCAGAGAAACUGAGGCCUCGUCUGCAUAACACUUCAACAAAACAAAUGUUGUACGAGUUUAUGAGAUAUAAAGCUUUGAUUAACAGGCCGAUAGUAAAGCGCGAAUUGAACAAUGAGCUCGAAGUUUUCAUAUCAUCAUUGAUAUCCUUGUUGAAAAGCAUUAAAAGCCAGCUUGAUUCCGAUGAAAUAGAUGUACAGAUGUACCAACCUCCCGAGAUGUCACCAGUCGUACAACAAGUUCAGUGGGCAAAACAUAUGGAAGGCAAAGUCCAAGACAUCCGCACCUGUGCAAAAUAUUUGGCAGACUUCGAUGGCAGCAUCGAGUUAAUAAAAAGCGCAGAUCAAUUGCUUCAAGAACUGACAGCUAUGUACACACAGCUGCAUGAUGAUUGGUCGCGCGAGUUACUUGCGCUAGUGAACAGUGGUUCACUACAACUCCGUCUAGAAAGGCCUGUGGUGGAAUUCAGCGGUACCAGCAAGAUGCUUGAGGUUCAAUAUGAAGCGCGCGCGGUGCGCUGCGAGCGGGAGGCGCGGGCGCUUAAAGCGCUAGGCCUUCCGCCUCCACCAGCUGUCGCCGCAGCGCUGCAAGCGCUUACAGAUGCACUGGCACACGCGCAACGUCUGCAGCAGGUGGCGUCUUUCCACAACACUUUGAGCGAGCGCAUGGUCCCAUCCGCGCGGCCGAUGAUGCUGCAGGGGGCGCUGCAGCUGUCCGCGCUGGUGCAGAACCACCAGCCGGUGUACUGGCACGACGCCGCACAACUGGCCGCCUACGUCGACCGCCUCGUGGGGGCCGUCGGGCAUCUAGACGCGCAGAAUACAUACCUUACAAAACAACAUAUUGCUAUAAGAGUUAUUGUAGAAAAGCUACUGGAUACGGAAUUAUUGACACAGCAAGCUGAGUGGAAGAAGCAUGUGAAGGAUAUAAGGGAUAUUAUAGAAAUGGUGGAAGCAAACGGUUACAAAAAUACUGAUUCUUGGCGCUUACACUGGGAUUAUCAAUUGUAUAAAGUUCUCGAAUGUCAAUAUAUAAAGUCACUUCUCUCAUUGCACAAGCAUUUUCCGCACGUCAAAGUGGAUUUAGUGUUUAGGGGUUUGCGUGUAAGCGUAUCGCCGGCGCUGGAGCAGGUGCGCGCGCAGCAGUACGCGCAGCUGCGGCGGCUGCUGGCGCUACCCGCGCACGCGCCCACGCUGCACGCACGCGACCACGACCGCGCCCUCUACCUCAGCAUCGUGCACGAACACAGCUGGUUAGGCAAUAAGGCGGUGCAGCAGCUAGAAAGCGCUCUGUCAGCGCUCGAGCGGACCUGCGAUACGUGGACGCGUCGCGCGGCGUUGUCCUGCGUCGACAUUGAAUCGUUGUGUUCUGAACAUCUUAAAGAGCCCGCCGAUUGGGAAGCUAACUUUAAAGCCUGUAAAGCCUACGGACAAGCAGUAGCGAAGAUGACAUUUGAGGAUGAAAAAAUAGAAUGGAUAACUGUAGGUACGGUCUCAUUAAGACGUGAAUUCGAAGCGCAAACGCGUAAUCUAUGGGCUUGUCUGAUGACGUCGCUACAAAACAGUUGCAGAGCCGAUGCUCUUGAGGUAGAUGCCUUCAUUGCUAGCGCCAGCGUCAUGCUCGAGAACAAAUCUUUGCCUAAGAACGCGAAAGACUUGGCCGAAAUCAGCGCUAAACAACAAACGCUGCAGAAGAAUAUGCCUGAAAUGGAGAAAACUGUGGAAAAUCUGAAACGAAAAAGUCACAUGCUUCACACAUGGGGUGGGGACUCUACGACUGAGGGGGUUAUAAAAGAAUGGCAAAAGAUACGAGACAUGAUGCUGGGUCAGCAACAAAUGUUUGAGCAUCAGGCUGACAUUGUAAAAUCGACCUUAAGUGGUGAAUGGGAUAACUUAAACUCGAGCGUAGAGGCAUGGGCUUCGAGGUGGAGCCAAAAUAAAGGGCGUCUGGAAGAGACGCACGGAGUCCUAUUUCCGGAGAUGGCCGAUAGAUGUCGCUCUGUGUUUGAUGCGCAAGCGCAAUGGGAAAAGUUUGUAGUAGAUCGCGAUGAAUUAGUAAAAGAAUGUGUGAAGUUCAAUUUGGAUUUGCAACCAUCCGAUGUGUGGACGGAAGCUGAAAAGCUCAUGGACGAAUACACAAAUAUUUGGACUCCCUUGAAAAACUACAACGAAGAAUACGAAUCCAUAUGUGGACAAGACUGGUUAUUAUUUCAAAAGAAAUUACACCUUCUCGAUGAGUUUGUAUCCAAAUGGACAGCCAAUUUGGAACCGUUUACUGCAGUCACACUGUACUUAAAGCAAGAACUGGAUAAAUACUUGGACUUGACAACUAUGUUGAAAUAUUUGCGCGGAACGGACUUCACCGAAAAGCACUGGCGAGAAGUUUCUAAUCUCCUUGAAAUGGAAUAUAAGAAGCCGGACACAUUGCAAGUGAAGGACCUCCUUUUUGUGGCUAGUAAUAUCAAAAAGCAGAUCAAACUGUUGCAGAAAAUAUGCACAGCGGCAUCUAACGAAGCAGCCAUAAGAAAUGCGCUCAAUGAACUCGAACUAUGGUUUGCGGGCGCUCGUCUAAACAUCACGUAUUACAACGACAAAGCCAAGCGCCCUAUACCUAUCGUUAAAGACUUUAAGGAUAUACUUAGCAAGAUCGAGGAGCGGCAAUGGGUGGUAUCUUCCCUGUCUGGCGGCGGGGACGCGUGCGCGGCGUGGGAGGCGCGGCUGCGGGCUGUACGCGCGUCCAUACGGGCCGCUGCGCACGCGCAACGCAGGUGGCUGUACUUAGAGCCGAUUCUAUGCAACGACGAUGGGGAGAUAGGAGCCAAGUUCCGCAAGGUGGACCAAGGGUUCCGACAAGUUACGCGGGUAAUCGAAGGCGAUCCGCGACUGUCGGCUCUCCUGCAGUCAACCAGACUCCAGCCGAUGUUGGACGCCAUAUCAGAGCAACUACACGUUUGCCAGUCCGCGUUGAACCAAUACAUUGAUGAAAAGCGACUUAUCUUUCCUAGAUUGUACUUUUUGAGUGACGACGAUUUGCUAGAACUUCUGGGGCAAGCCAGGUCUGGCGCGGAUGGUCGGGAAGCGGUGAUGCAAACGCAUCUCAAGAAGUUGUUCCCAGGCAUCUCUUCGGUGAAGCUGGGCCCCGAAGGCUUGUCUCUUACAGCGCUAUGUAGCCAGGGAAACGACUCACUGCAGCUAGACCAUCCCGUUGAUAUAGACUGUCCAGUAGAGGUUUGGUUAAAGAACCUAGAAAGUGAGAUGCGAACAUCUCUUCAGAGUAUGACCUUAAAAUGUGUCGUGACUACUUCACUACAAGACCAAGAUCCCUUUACACUGCCGACACAAAUACUUUGCCUGGUGCAGAACAUUCGAUUCACCGAACAGGCCGAGAAAGCUAUAACAUCGAAAGAUCUUCACAAACUAAAAGCUAACAUCGAAAAGGAGACUUCUUAUUACGGCUCAACCGAAAUAGAAGAUGAAAGUGAACGUUAUAAAAGACAAGCUCUCAUAUUACAAUGCGCCCAUUAUUUGUCAGUCAUAAGAACUCUAAUAAAUAACAAUGUAGUAUCAACGAGUGAUUGGCACUGGCAAAAACAGCUGAGAUUCUAUUUCUUGAACAAUAAAGAAGUCGUCGCUAAAAUGGGCUUAGCAACAAUUUCAUAUUCGUAUGAAUACCUAGGCGUUAACACUGGACAAUUCGUACGAACUGAAUUAGCUGACGAAUGUUUCUUAAUAUUAACACAGUCGUUACAUCUUGGGUUAGUGGGGAACCCAUUUGGUCCUGCUGGUACGGGUAAAACGGAGUCUGUGAAGGCUCUGGGUGGACUCGUGGGACGAUUGGUGCUAGUAUUCAAUUGUGAUGAGGCAAUGGACGCGGAAUGUAUGGGCCGGCUUCUAAGUGGACUAGCCUUGUGCGGUGCGUGGGGAUGCUUCGACGAAUUCAACCGGCUGUCUGCGGACACGCUAGCGGCCGUCUCGCACCAGCUGGAGUCUUUACUGCCCGCGAUGAAACCAGCCGCUUCUGAACGCAUGGCCACCCUUAACGAGAAACAGAUAAAAGUGUCGCAAUGGUGCGGAGUAGCUGCAACGAUGAACCCUAUAGGGCGGGGCUACGGCGGCAGACGCGAGCUGCCCGCGGCAUUGGAGCGGGUGCUGCGCCCCGUGGCGAUGGCGCAGCCACAGGGCUCGCAGCUGGUGUGCAGGCUGCUGGGGGCGCGGGCCAUAUCGCACGCGGACCGCCUGGCCGCCGACCUGUGUGCCGUGUUCACACUCGCCAGUCAAUUGUUAAGUAGUCAACGUCACUACGACUGGGGUUUGCGCGCGUUAAAGGCAUCGGUGGGCAGCUGUGGCGCCGCUUUGUGCGCGAACAAGAAUUUAGAUCUUCAACAACAACGGCAAUUGGUCAGACGUGUGCUCACUUUAAACAAUAUGUCCAAACUCACGCAAGACGACGCUGAGAGAUUUGAAAACAUAUUGUCUUUAGUUUUUGCUGAUGUCCCUAAAGAGGAACAAAAUAUUGAUCCCAUCAACGACGCACUGGCUGCAGCGUUUAUAACUCUUGGACUAGUUAGUAAUCAAUCUCAGAUACAAAAAUGCAUGGAACUUUACGAACAAAUGCAGCAAAGAAUGGGAGUGGUCAUAGUUGGUCCGCCUGGAUCUGGGAAGACUACUAUUCGACACCUUCUUAAAAAUGCACUAAUAAAUCAGGGGAAGAGCAUAGUUGAGUAUGUUAUAUGCCCUAAAGCGAUGAGUCGGAGCAGUUUACUGGGCCAUAUUGACCACGACACUAGGCAGUGGACCGAUGGCGUCAUAUCCGCCACGGCUUUGGAAAUCGCCAACCAACCACAAGACAUAUGGUCAUGGGUAGUGUGCGACGGCGACAUAGAUCCCGAAUGGAUAGAGGCGUUGAACUCAGUACUGGACGACAACAGACUAUUGACUCUACCGUCCGGGUGGCGUAUACAGUUCGGAGAUAACGUCAACUUUGUGUUCGAGACUCACAGUCUGGAAUACGCUUCACCCGCUACUGUUUCGCGAAUGGGAAUCAUUUUAAUGGGCGAUGAAAGCAGCUGCGCCGAAGAAGUGAUGGAGAAAUGGUCACGAAAGCUAGAUUUCGAAAACGAAUCUGCAAAAGCAGCCGCACCUCUACUCCACCAAGCCAUGAAUACGUGCCUCAGAUGGUUCCACACCAACCGAUCUAACGUCUUCUAUAAAGUAUAUGAUGUAGCUAUGGUAAAACAAAUUCUUACUCAAUUUGAAUACGCUGUCCAGAAUACAUCACACAGUUUAUCAGUUACCACUCCCGAGGAAAUGGUGUAUUUGGCAAUCGAGAGGAGCGUCCUGGGAAUACUGCGGGAGAACUCCGUCGAUAGUUUCCGUGAAGAGUUUUCAGGGACAUUAGGACCCCCACCUACUGCAAUAAUAUCAAGCGGCGAGUGGGUAUCGGACAGUCUGUUCUUGUCCAAUCGUCUGGCGACGUGCGAACCCGCACUACGAGCUUGUAUUGCGGCCGGGACUAAUCUGCUAUUGCUUGGACCUGACGCUAGCGGGAAGAGUUUGCUGAUUGAACAUGUAUUGAAAGAGAGCAACUGUUCAGUUUUCAAUAUCGAUUGUACACCGAUGUUGGUACCCUUGGACAUCAUAGAGGAGUUGAAAAGGAACAACGUAGUCCGAGCCGGUGGCAGUGGAGGGGGUGGGAGUGGUAAUGGGGGAUCAAGCGGGGGCGAAGUGGCACUAGUGGUGCGCGGCUUGCAUCGCACUGCCGACGACGCGUGGAAAUGUUCUCCAGUGCACCAGUUCUUGUUACAGUUAAUACAGCAGGGCGGGUUCUGGAGCGGCGGCGGUGAGGGUGUCGGGGAGGAGGGCGGGGCCGGGUGGUGGAGCGUGCCCCGCCUGAGGGUGGUCGCCACUGCGGUCGCUGCACCCUACUCGCCGCGCCUCGAUGCUGCUCUACCCCACCUCACUCUAAAUGAACCAGAUGAUGAGGAGUUACUGGAAAUAACGAACAACUACUUAAAGGAGAGUGUUUCCAAGAAUUUCUCCUCAAAAGAUUUGUCUCAUGUCGCAACAAAUAUGCUCUCUAUGUUCAAAGAGGUGGUUGAAACAUUUACUUCGUACGCACAUUACAAUUGGAACGCCGAUCAUCUGAAGAGAUGGUGUCAAAAUAUAAAGUGGUAUAGGCCAUCUAAUAACACGGAAUUAAUAACGGCUGUAUACACUGAAGCUAACGCAAUUUUUAAAGAUAGACUGGUAUCUGACGAUGAGAAAGAAAUAUACGCAAACAUAGCCAAAACACAUUUAAAGGCGAAUGCAAGUGAAAACAUUUGUUACGCGCCGAAAUUAAAGGGAGACGGAGUAUACAUGGAGCCUGUAGAAUAUACCGAAUGGUGUCAAAGGGCGCAGAAAUUAAUCAACCAAUGUUUAUCGGAAAACGAAAAUGCUUUCGGCGACACUGGCAUCGAAGUCUGUAAGGAGUUAGUGGUUUUAUACACAUCUAUGGCGAGGGCGUGUGGUGCGGGACGGGCACGUAUAUGCGUGGGGAGUAGCGGGGUGGGGAGGCGUGCCGCGGCCAUGUUGGCGGCGUCGGCUCUGCCCGCCGCUCUGUAUAUCGUACAACAACCGCACAAUUUCUCCGCUACCGUUAAGAACGCUCUCAGUUCCGCGGGUGAAGGGGCGCGAACAUUACUUGUAAUAUGUGGGCUGGCGGUGACCAGCACCGAGCUGUCGGCCAUCGAAGCCGUGCAGAGCGCUAACUCGAUGCACGCCAUACCCGCGCAGAUGAUGCCGGCGCAACAGUCCACUCAGACGCUGCUCAACAUCAAACAGAACUUAGGUGUAGUAAUAUGUCUGGAUAAAGGGCAUGAAAAUCUGUGGGAGUUGAUAUCCAACUACCCGCUAUUGUACAACGCGGAACACGUGAUAUGGAUAGGGCGCUGGUCAGCCGACACUCUCCGCCAGAUGCCGCCGCUGGUCAUACAGAGAUUAGUGAAAGAGAGUGUUACCGAUACACCCAAAGAAGAAUUACAAACAGUACCCGCCGAAGGUUUCGUACAGAUAUACGAAAGCCUUGAUACCGAGUACAUGCGAACGCCGUGCAGGUACAUCGGUUUCAUCAAAACGUACUUCCACAUCGUGAACCGGAAGAAGCAGUCGUUGACACAACGAAGGAACAUGCUUACGGCUGGUGUAGAAGCACUUCGCCGCGCCCGCAGUGAGGUGGCAACUCUGCAAGCUGACGCAGCAGUCCAAGAGGCAGCCUUGAACGAAAAACAAGAGUCCGCGAACCGCGCGCUCGAACAAAUCUCUGCUACGGUGCGCGCUAACACCGACCAAAGGGAGGAAAUGCACGCCCUCAAAACUAACAUCGAGGCCGAAAAUGAGAAGCUGCAGAUUCGAAAAAAAGAAAUAGAAGCUGAAUUAGCAUCUGUUGAGCCCGUCAUUGCUGCAGCCCGCGCGGCGGUUGGAGAUAUCCGCCCAGAAUCACUCAGUGAAAUAAGAUCAUUAAGGGCGCCUCCAGACGUCGUGCGUGACGUACUCGAAGGAGUGCUGCGUCUGAUGGGCAUCGCCGACACGUCAUGGCAUUCUAUGAAGAACUUCUUGUCGAAGCGAGGCGUCAAGGAAGACAUAAGGUGCCUGGACGCCAGCCAGAUCACAGCGGAGGCGGCGGAGUCAGUGGAGCGUCUAUUAAAAUCACGGGGUUCCUCGUUCGAGGCGGCGACCGCGCGGCGGGCCAGUGCCGCUUGCGCGCCGCUAGCUGCCUGGGUGCGCGCCAACCUGGCCUACGCCGGCGCGCUGCACCGCGUGCGGCCGCUGCAGCUACAGCAGGCGCGCCUACACAGUAACCUGCGAGAAGCGAAAGAGCAACUGGCCGCGUUAUCAAGCGGAUUGGCGUCAGUAGAGGAACGCGUUUCAUCAUUGCAGCAACAAUUAGGGCAGCAUACGCGGGACGCUGCUGCUUUAGAACUGAAGGUGGGAGCCGCGCGGGAAACCAUCGCGGCGGCCACUGCGCUCAUACGGACCCUCGCCGAUGAAUACACGAUGUGGGAACAUGAUGUGAGCUCACGAAAUUUGAAAGAUAGAUUUAAAGUCAACUACACUAGAUUAAACCGAACACUAGUCAUCACUGAUGUAGAUGGCGUGCAUUCUAGUUGGGCGGGGCUACUGGACUCGAGAGCGAGACUAGUAUUAAUGGCGCGAUCGAUGCCGCGCGUUCCGACCGCGUGUGAGGCGAGACUGUCGCCGCUACACUGCGCCGCCAGACGGGACGCGCUCACAGCUCAACUCGUUCAUUAUGCUUUGCAACAACUUAAUCCCGAAGUGAACGAGAAAUCUAAAGAGAUCAAACUCAAGAAAGCCACUUUACAGAAACAACAGCACGAAUUACAGGAAAAUCUGCUUAGCGUUUUAUCAACUAACAGUGAUAUACUCCACGACGCGAAUCUGUUAGCAUCUCUUAACAAGACUAGAGAAACCAGUGCCACUAUAUCUGAAGCGCUUGAAGCAGCACAUGCUAUUGAACGAGAAACCCACGCGGCUUCGGAAGCCUAUCAGCCUAGCGCUGAGCGUACAGCGCUUUUAGCGCUGACGGUUAAAAGUAUGGCAACCCAUCGGCCCUUGAUAGCUUUGCCCAUAGACGUGGUGCUGGAUAUCUACGUUGACGCCUUACGCAAUUCAAAUACGAAAAAUAUAAAUAAUGAUGAAUUGAUCAAAUAUAUAACGAGGAGAGUUAUCGAAAGAGUUCUGCUGUCAUUGCAUAAGAAAGAUAAAUAUAAAGUUAUCUUACACAUUUUGAAGCAAGUAUACGAUGAUAUAAUACCGGACAAGCUAUGGCAAAUAUUCCUUGGCAAUUACAUAGCCAAGGAUGAUCAAAGAAUUUUUGCGGAAGUCAAGAAUACUUUCAAAUGGAUUACUGAUGAAGAAGUGAAAAAAGUAGCUCAAAUAAAGGUGAUAAACGAAGAUUUUUUCAAUAAGUUGUCUCUGCAAAACGCUGAUGUGUGGAAAGAGUUCUUAGAAUCGGGAGAUUUAAAAGCUCUAGCUCCGCUCUCUUUAACUCAUUUUGAGUUGGUUUUAGCAGUUUCAAUCUUGCGACCAGAUUCCACUUACAGAGCAAUCACCGGCUUAGUGGACUAUAUAUUAGGGUCGGACGUUAUGAGUGUGGGGGCCACAGUGGGUCUGGCGGCGCGGUGGAGUGGGGGGCGGCCCGCACUGUUACUGGCCGCGCAUGCGCUCGACGUGCUCGCACAUCACGCGCGCUCUCUCACGCUGGUGGGUGUAGAGGAAGGCAGGGCAGCGUGGGAGCGCGCGAUAGUAGCCGCCCGCAGCGGCGGGUGGGUGGCGCUCGUGGUAGGCGCAUCUCCCAUCACGCAAGACUUGACAAAUUUCAUCGUCGACUACGUCCAACGACCGACUGAGGAUUAUAAUGAAGAAUUUCGCUUAUGGAUAGUGUCAGAAGAUCGGGAUAUACCACCCGCCGUUGCUAACGUUUGCGUCAAUGUUAUACUUGAGGCUCCUGAAGGUGUCAAGCAUAACGUGGCGAGCACGUUAUCUGCGUGGGGCGAGUUCGAGGCGGAUGGCGCCGCGGUGCGGUCGCGCGUCUGUCUCGCUCUAUUCCACGCCAUCGUGCAAGAGCGACGCGCUUACAUACCACAAGGUUGGAGUCGUUGGUACGCGUGGGAAUGGGGCGAGGUGUCCGCGUGCGCGAGCGCACUGAGAGGUGGCGGCGGGCGCGAGCUCGUGCUGGCCAUGUACAGUGCCCGCGCCGCCCCACCCGACCGCCGCCCGCUGGCUGCGCUGCACCGCGCCACACUCGGCGCGCACGCGCUCGCGCACUGCUGGCGCCCGCUCGGGCUCGCGCUGCCUCUACCCCCGCCCACAACCACCCGCGCGCAGGCAUACUUGUCAGCGAUUGACGCGUUUCCCGAUAUUGAUCCACCGCAACUUCUGGGUCUUCCAGACAAUUGUCGAAUCGCAUGGGAGAGAAACACUGCCAAUGAUAUUAUCAUAGGAUUGAAAGAACUAGAUUCCACCGCUGUAGCAACAAAUCAAGAUAACAAAAAUAAUGUAACACCUCUUAAAAUGAUACUCGCAUUGUGGAAAAAGCAGAUGUCUGGAAGCGCUCUUAUAAAAGCUGAUUACCAAGAAGUAAAGAGCGGGGAAGGUUGGUGGGCGGGCGUUUACGCGUGCGAAGUAGCAGAGGCGGCGCGCGUGUGUCGCCUGCUGCACCGCGCGCUUAGCUCGCUGGCCAGGCAGCCUGCGCCCGAGCCUCUGAGCCAGACACCGGCAGAAUGGCAGUCGUGGUGGGCGGGGCCCGAAGAGAGCCUGGUCUACGUGAGAGAAUUCUGCCACCGUGCACUCGCUGCUGAAGCGCGUAUGCGCUCUAAUACUGACCAUAUACCCAAAGAAGUGGAUUUGCGCUCGUUCUUGUACGCAGCGCGCGUGGUUUGGGCAUUACGCGCGCGCGCCGCCUACAGUCUGGGCUGCGACGUGAAUCAACUGACGCUGCUCACCAAGUGGGCGCCACGCCAAGAGGAGUGCGAGGAAGACGGCGUUAUCGUACGAGGGCUGCAACUAGCGGGCGGCGAGUGGGCGGGCGGCGGGGUGAGGGGCGCCUCCCCGCGCGCUGCGCCCCGCUGUGCCGCGCCCGCCCUGCUGCUGCGGUAUAUGACGCAGAACCAAACCGCGCCUCUGAACCCUGAGGGAACUGUGGAGAUUCCAGUAUACAGCAGCGAAACACGCGAACAAGAAUUAUUCGUUGUGCGCGCGCCCAUCGCCAAGCCUUACGACAGGGAUACCGCUUAUAUGCACGCCCUCGCUCUCAUCAUUGCACCAUUACAAUAG